CACCGCUGGAUGCAGAUGACGCGAACCGUCCGGUGCGCCUGGUGCAGUGUCCAUUAAACAUCCGUCUCGUAUUGUCUCGUAAGUACCACACAGGCGUGGACAGUGAAAGCCCUAAGCAUAUACAGAGAGAUACAAACGCAAAAAAGCGAAGCGAAAAGACGUUCAAUUGUGCCACAACAUAACUCAGCCAGUGAUCGGCAGUGAUCCAGCGUUGCCGGGGGGCGGUUUGAAAAGGGAACGGAGUGGCGGUGGAUUUUUUUUCUGGAAUGAUCUCUCGAUGAGCCCCGUAGUGCCGCACAUUGUCACGUUGCCAAUUGUUGAUAUUAUACAAUUCGAUUUCAAACUCGCGAGCUGAGUGUGAUUACAACGCGAGACACACGGGCAUCGUGUAUAGUGUGCGCGUGAUCGGACACGAGACACAUCGAUAGCGCGUCGUCCUUCAUUAUGAAACUCGAUUCGAUCAAGUGCGCGACCGGGGUGAUGGUGAUUGUGAGUCUCGUGGUGAGCUUAGUGGUUACAGCUGCAACACCACCUCCGAACAUUGUCAUCAUUGUUGCCGAUGAUCUGGGCUGGAACGAUGUCAGCUUCCACGGGUCGAACCAAAUCCCAACGCCCAACAUCGAUGCCCUGGCCUACGACGGUGUCAUCCUGAACCGCCACUACGUACCACCACUCUGCACUCCCUCCCGGGCAUCCCUGAUGACGGGGCGGCAUCCGAUCAACGUUGGCAUGCAGAACGAUGUCAUCAUCUCGGAUCAACCGUGGGGCCUUGGGCUGGACCAGAAGCUGAUGCCCCAGUACUUCCGCGAGGCCGGCUACCGGACGCACCUGGUCGGCAAGUGGCAUCUCGGGUUUUUCCGACAAGCGUACACACCGACCCGCCGUGGGUUCGAGACACACUUCGGUUACCUUGGUCCCUACAUCGACUACUGGGAUCACAGUCUGCAGAUGAAUGCGACAUCCGCCCGGGGACUGGAUAUGCGGCGGAACACAGCCGUCAACUAUGAUGCCCGCGGUACCUAUGCGACGGAUCUGUUCACCGCGGAAGCGACCCGGCUGAUACGCACCCACAACACCACCGAUCCGUUCUUUCUCGUGCUAACCCACCUAGCACCGCACACCGGCAACGAAGACGAUCCGAUGCAGGCACCGGAGGACGAGAUAGCCAAAUUUUCUCACAUCAAAGACCCGAAGCGUCGUACGCUGGCAGCGAUGAUAUCCCGGGUUGAUGUUAGUGUCGGUAUGGUGUACGAUACGCUACGGGAGCGCAAAAUGCUUGAUAACACCAUCAUACUGUUCUACGCGGACAAUGGUGCACCGACGGUCGGAAUACACGCCAACAGUGGCUCCAAUUAUCCGCUGCGUGGGCAAAAAUCAUCCCCAUGGGAGGGUGCUGUCCGUGGCGCGGCACUACUGUGGAGUCCACUGCUCACGAAAAAAGGAUACGUCUCAGAACAAUGGAUACACGUCAGCGACUGGCUGCCAACAUUGGCCCGAGCGGCAGGCAUUCGCAACAUUCCGCGACGCGACAGUGCCAUCGAUGGACAGGAUCAGUGGACCACUUUAAAGUCUGGCAUGAUCAGCCUAGAAUCCGCUCGAUCGAUCGUCAUGAACAACGUGGAAGAUAGUUGUCACUUCAGUAGCUACGUCAAGCUUGGCUGGAAGUACGUCAAUGGGACCUGUUCCGAUGGCGAGUUCGAUGGUUGGCUGGGAGAUUUGGUGCAGCCAGACCAAAAUGAGACCCUACUGUCGGAUGAGGACUACUACAAGCACCUAACGAUACCGGGCAGCAUCGGAGCAGCGUUGAAUCUCUCCCGAGAACAGGCGGAAAAACUUCGCCACAGGGCUACCCUAAAAUGCUCCCCCCAUAGCCCCGAUGACAUUCCCUGCAAUCCACUCGUCGCACCUUGUCUCUUCAAUCUGCACGAAGAUCCGUGUGAAAGAAACAAUCAAGCAGCGAAACAUCCAGUCCUGUUGACCACGCUACAAGCCGAGGUACUGUACUACCGACUGCGUAGUGCUAAACCCCGGAAUCAACCAUCGGACAGUCGAUCCGAUCCGGCACGGUUCAACUACACCUGGACCUGGUGGCUGGAUGAGCUGGAAGGGCGCCAAACGGCCGCAGACAUUGCGUUGGCCUCGAUGGUGGCCGAAGUUGUGCUCGUCCUGUUUGCCGUGUGUCUCGCGGUGAAGCUAUGCUGGUGUUACUGCAGACAGCAGGUGAGAACACCCUCUAGUCCGCAAACAAAAACGUGAAUUCUGCGUAUUAUCGGUGGUAAUGAAGAUGAUGGUGACAGCGAAUGGCAGUUCCAAAGAGCGUUCUUUCUGCCCUUGUCUCAUUUAGGUCGUUCAGGGCUGGUCACGCUCGUGGACCUGAUAAGAGUGCGUUGGCUAGACUAUUCACAAUGUUUGCAGCGUCGUGAUUUUACAGUUCUGUACUGACCUGACCCUGAUAUUUUGGGGGGGAAAUGUUGGAUACAGUUAUAGG